AGACAUGCGUAUUAUAUUGGGAGUGAUUAAAAGUAUGUAAACCAAUUUGUUUACAUUCUGAUAAGAGUUAUCAUUUUGACAUUUCACAAGCUGUUAGCCUGUUACCUAACCUAAAUUUUACGGUCCGUGUAAUUGAAUUGUUGUCUGUGUAAUAAAUACAUUUAUAAAACAAUGGCUUAUGACUUAAAACGAGAAGAUGAAGUCAAGGAGUACAUAGAAAACCUUGGUAUCGAAUACCGCUUCGGCUGUUACAAGGAGAAAAAACCUGAAGUGUGCCAUCUUUUGGGUGAUUAUUUGGAGGCUAUAAAGAAAGAUUUUGACAAAGCUGGGAAAGUGUAUAAGAACAAUUGUGACGAAUAUAAGUUUGGGAAGUCGUGUUUGAAGUAUGGGAACUAUUUGUUGGUGGGUAAAGGGAAGGAGAAAGCCGACGCGGCUGCGGCACUCCCAUACUUCGAGAAAGGCUGCGACCUGAAUGAUUCCACCGCCUGCCUGCACGCUGGAAUGCUGUACACUGCUACUGGACCUGGUAUCAAUGUUCAAAGAGAUGUUCCUAAAGGAUACAACUAUCUCAAGAAAGGCUGUGACAGCAACGAAGAAAUGGCAUGUCACUAUCUCUCUGGUAUGUACAUGACCGGGGUACCGAAGAACCCUAAAGACUUCAACCCACACAAUCCAGAAAAGAACAAAAACAUUGAAUAUAUAAUCAAGUCAGAUAUGAAACAAGCUUUCCAGUUUGCUAAGAAAGCUUGUGAACUCGGUAACAUGUAUGCUUGUGCAAACAUUGGUAUAAUCGGCGGGUCAGGCUUCGACGACCCGACGUUGUUCGAAAACGCGACAGAGCGGGAAGUGAACACGCCAUUCGGGCGUCCGUCUGACGUGCUGGUUGAAGGUUUGCUGAAGGGUGUACCCUGUGUUCUGCUUGCCAGACAUGGAAGGAAACAUCAGUUCCAACCUAGCGAUGUGAAUUACCGCGCCAACAUGUGGGCGCUGAAGGAGGCGGGCUGCACCCACGUGCUGGCCACCACCGCUACGGGGUCGCUGGUCGACGAGUACAAGCCUGGAGACUUAGUUGUGCUGGAUGAUUUUAUUGACAGGACUUGGGGCCGGAAAUGCACGUUCUUCGACCGCACGGAGGGCGGGCCCCGCGGCGUGUGCCACCUGCCGAUGCGGCCCGCGUUCUGCGAGCGAGCGAGACAGGCUAUGAUACAUGCUGCCAAGAAUAGAGGAUACUCCUGCCAUGAGAAGGGGACUGCUGUUGUUAUUCAGGGGCCAAGAUUUUCGAGUCGAGCAGAGAGCCUGAUGCAUCGCCAGUGGGGCGGCCAUCUUGUGAACAUGACUACUGUUCCUGAGGUGGUGCUAGCGAAGGAGGCAGGGCUGAGCUACGCGGCCGUGGCGCUCGUCACAGAUUACGAUUGCUGGAGGGAGAAUGAGACCUCGGUGUCGGUGAGCGAGGUGCUGGCCAUGUUCGCUCGCAACGUGAAGAAGGCGGCGGACGUGAUCGUAGACGCCGUGCAGAUACUUGCAGCGGACACCAAGCUGGACUACUUGGAUGGUCAUAAGGACCUCGUCUCUUCUGCCAUCAUGUUGAAGGAAUAAUCUGCAGUUUCCAUUACAAGAUCUAUUAGAAUAAGUAUAAAAAGCAUGCACCAUGGAAAACUACGGCGGGCGGAGGCGCCGGCUACGGACGCGGUCGGAGACGCGGGCUACGGGCCGGGCGCGGACGGAGGCACGGGCUAGGAGGCGGACGGAGGCGCAGCGGGCUAGGAGGCGGACGGAGGCGCGGGCUAGGAGGCGGACGGAGGCGCAGCGGGCUAGGAGGCGGACGGAGGCGCAGCGGGCUAGGAGGCGGACGG